AUUACUGAAUCGAAGUUUUUCUAUAAAAGAGGCGAGUUUGCUUAGUUCGAUUCAGAAUCGAAACAGAUGCGUUGACUUUCAAGUCUGAAGAAGGACAGUUAUUUUAUAAUAAAGUUCACACUUUUACAACAGCAAUAUGAGGUUGUUGUCGCUUUAUGCGGUGAUAGCAGUGGCACUGAUGGUAUGCUGUCUGAUGCCGAGCGAUGGGCUCUCAAAGCCCGUCAAGAAGAAGCACGGAAAACGCGGUCAAGGGGCGCCGGGAGAUCGCCGCGAAGGCUCCCGUGGAGAGAGACGGAGGGGUCACGGUAAAGACCGACCGGAGGAAGAAGAGCCAGAGGAGACUACUCCAAGCAACGUUGACGAAGAAACCGACGUCGAUGGGGAAUUUGAAUCCGGGCCGCUUUUUGACUCCGAGCAAACCGAUACCGAACCCGGUGAGGGUCAAAAUUCCGAGGGCGGGGAAGAAGAAGAAGAAGAAAAACAUGGGAGAGGCAACGGUAAACCACACAAAAACAAUACUACGAGAGGGUGGCAGAAUAGAAGGGAGAACAUGCCGAUCAGACCUCAGUACAGACCGUCGAAUUCUAAGCCUAAAACGGGACCGCUUGAAUUGAGUGGUGUCAAGGUUGAUGUUAAAGAAAAAGAAGCUAUGCGAAAGGCAGUGGGUUACAUGUCAGCGUACGGCUACAUGCGCAAGAUGGACGACGACGACUUUAACACAGACAAAAUAUCCGCUAAGAAGAUGAAGAAGAGCAUCAAGAUGAUGCAGAAGUUCAUGGGUCUUAAAGAGACGGGCGAACUGGACGAGAUGACCAUGAUGAUGAUGGAAAAGCCGAGAUGCGGCGUGGCCGACAUGACACCGCCUUCAACGAAGGGUAACACCACCCGUAGUAACUACACGGGAGGCCCGCUGGAUUUCAGUCACUUUGGUCAGAGAUGGGACAAACUAGACAUCACAUUCAGAAUCUUAAACUAUCCCCGCACAAUGUCCGCCGAAGAGACCAGAGAGACACUUCUACGCGCCUUCAAAGUCUGGAGCGACAUCACCCCACUCACCUUCACGGAGAUCCACGGCGCACAAUACGCAGAUUUCUACCUGAAGUUUGGCUACGGAAACCACGGGGAUAGCUACCCGUUCGACGGGCCCGGUGGGGUACUUGCCCACGCGUUUCUGCCAAAGUCCAACUCUGGGGACAUCGAGGGUGAUGUGCACUUCGAUGACGAUGAGCCAUUUAGCUACGCAACUUAUGACGGCACAAAUCUGUUCCAGGUAGCCGCCCAUGAGAUUGGCCAUUCUCUCGGUAUGCAUCACUCGUCAGAUCCAUCUGCCCUCAUGGCACCAUUCUAUCCUGGCUACCAGCCCACGUUCGUUAUGCCGUAUGAUGACCUGUCUGGUAUCCAGUCUCUGUAUGGUUCCAAGCAAAACCCCCAGCCGUACCCAUUCCCUUACCCAAACCCACCCAUAAACGAACCCACCCAAGCACCAGUCCCUUCCACCACACGUGCCCCACCAGCCACUGUUCAGCCUAACCCGACCCAGUCCCCAACGCAGCCCCCAGCCCAGACCCCAACCACCCCCGUCUCAACCCCCACCGACCCGUGCCCUUCCAUCGUCUUCGACGCCACGACAUUCUGGCGGGGAGAACUCUUCUCAUUCACGGGCAACAAGUACGGCCGUAUUCGUGACUACACCAUCCUUUCAAGAGAAGGAGGGAGCAAUGCUCAAUAUUUCUUCCAGAACUUUCCCGGAGACAUCGACGCCGUUUAUGAGGACCCGGUUACCUACAAGCUCUUUAUGUUCAAAGGCUCCAACUACUACGUCUACAAUGGUUUGAUUCGAGAGAGCGGACCCACCCCCAUCACCAACAUUGACCCAUCGCUCCCUAGUAACAUAGACGCUGUAGUCACCUGGGCCGCGGACAAGAAGACGUACAUCUUCAAGGACGAGUUGGUGUGGAGGUAUGACGAGUUGACUCGCAGCGUGGACCCCGACUGGCCGUACCGAAUCGACGAGGUAUGGAGGGGCGUCCCGAACGGUGUGGCUGCAGCCUUCCACAACGAAGACUCACAUCUUACCUACUUCCUGGUUGGAAAAGACUACUACCGAUACGAUGACCUCUAUGCCGAGGUCGACGUGGGACCAAGAGAUUACACAGAGGACUACUUUGGGUGUUUCUAAACUCAUCAACUUUGAGUAUCAAUCAAUCCGUCUAGUAGAAUGAGCAGUUAUGUAAAACGGGUAGGACUACAUCGCUGCUAAGUGGAAAUUAUAAUUUGUUUAAACCGUUUGAUUCUUUUCAUCGUAGUUGUGGAUGUAUAAUAAAACUUACACGUAGAAA